GGAAAUAUCUGCAGGAAAGAUAACCGAUUCGCUCUCAUAUUACAAAACUGUUUUGGAUUGAAGAAAAUGGGAUUCGGCAUUAUGAAUUCACCGGUUCUGCGAUAUCCAUGCUAUAAUUGUCUCUUCACGUCGUCGCUCCAACACCCACCCGCAUUCAAUCCAACCUCCCCUCAUAUAAUUAUUCCCAAGGUUUUGAGCUCGGAUUUUCGUAAACGGCGCAGCAAUUGUCAAGCGACGGCGGAUAAAUCUGGUGUGUCACCGUCUGGGAACAGAAUGUUGGUGUUCGUCCCGCCGCACCCUUUAAUUAAGCAUUGGAUUUCAGUUCUUCGGAAUGAGCAGACGCCUUGUCCCGUAUUCAAGAACGCUAUGGCGGAGCUUGGGAGGUUGCUGAUAUAUGAGGCAUCUAGGGAGUGGCUGCCAACUAUUAGCGGAGAGAUCCAGUCGCCAAUGGGUGCUACCGCAGUGGAAUUUAUUGAUCCAAGGGAACCCAUUUCAAUUGUGCCUAUAUUGAGAGCUGGCCUGGCUUUAGCAGAGCAUGCACCAUCAGUUUUGCCAGCUACAAAUACAUAUCAUUUAGGCAUCAGCAGAGAUGAAGAAACACUUCAGCCAUCUGUAUAUUUGAACAAGUUACCAGAUAAAUUUGCAGAAGGUUCUCGAGUUUUUGUUGUUGAUCCCAUGCUUGCAACAGGUGGUACAGUGGUUGCAGCUAUACAAUUGAUAAAGGACCGAGGGGUUGACAAUAAGCAAAUAAAAGUGAUAGCCGCUGUUGCUGCUCCUCCUGCCCUUCAAAAAUUGAGCGAGAAGUUCCCCGGGCUUCAUGUGUAUGCUGGAAUCCUUGACCCUACCGUAAACGAGAAAGGGUUCAUAAUUCCCGGACUUGGAGAUGCUGGUGACCGGAGCUUCGGCACAUAAAUCUGGAUUUUAGCCUAUUUUCAGUACCCCCAAUUUUGUUUUAAGCAAGGUAAUUCUAUCGUGUAUUCAAAUCAAGCCCACCGGUGAUCACUUACAAUUUGCGCCUUAAGAAAUGGAGUGUAAAAAAAAUAUUUUCUACCAUCACAAAUAUCAUUCAGUUCCAUAUAAUUUGCAUGUGGCUUGAAUUUCAUGACCUUAUAUUAUUUUGAUUUUGUUACCUUUGUAAGGCACUUAUUUUACACUAUUUGCAUAUUUGUAAAUUAUUUUGCGGUAA